AUGUCUCAACCUCCUGGAUACUUCGACACUCAAUUCCCAAAUAGAGUGUGUAGAUUGAAGAAGGCUUUAUAUGGCUUGAAACAAGCCCCACGAGCUUGGUUUCAAAGACUCAGCUCUACUCUUCUUCAGUGGGGAUUCAACAUGUCUCGGACAGAUAGUUCUAUGUUUCUACACUUUGGUCAGACCACUACUUUGAUAGUUCUUGUUUAUGUUGAUGAUAUAAUCAUAACAGGCAACUCCUCCACACAGAUUUCUUCUUUCAUAGCUAAACUUGAUUCAGUUUUUGCCUUACGAGACUUGGGUCAACUCUCAUUCUUUCUCGGUAUAGAGGUUUCUUACAAUGAAGGCUCUAUGAAUUUGAGCCAAACCAAAUACAUUUCAGAUCUGCUUCAUAGAACUGAAAUGUUUGAUACUAAACCGGCAAAAACACCUGGUGUUGUUGGGAAGAACUUGUUUAAAUUUGAUGGAGAUCCUAUGGCAGAUGUUACUCAUUAUCGAAGUGUAGUAGGGGCACUUCAGUAUGUUACCUUGACAAGACCUGAUAUAGCCUUUGUUGUCAAUAAGGCAUGCCAAUUUAUGCAACAACCAACCACAGCUUACUGGCUCUUAGUCAAACGAAUACUUCGGUAUCUAAGAGGAACAAUGCAAGAUGGGCUCCUGUUAAGUCCUUCAAGUAACUUGACAAUAGAGGGAUUCACAGAUGCAGAUUGGGGUGCUCACCUUGAUGAUAGGCACAGCUCAAGUGGAUAUCUCAUUUAUCUAAGAGGUAACUUAGUCUCUUGGUCAUCUACCAAACAAAAAGUAGUGUCUCGCAGUAGUGCAGAGUUUGAGUAUCGUGGCCUUGUUUUCGCUACUGCUGAGAUUGUUUGGAUGCAAGUCUUACUGCAAGAGCUAUGUGUGUCAAUACCUACAAUACCUUUGCUUUGGUAUGAUAAUAUCAGUGCUUACCAUAUGGCAAAGAACCCUAUGUUUCAUGCUAGAACUAAACACAUAGAAAUAGACCUUCAUUUUAUACGAGAUCAAGUCAUGAGAGGAAAGAUACAACUGCACUUUGUUCUCACUGAAGAGCAACCGGCAGAUUUAUUGACUAAGCAUCUCACAAGUUCAAGGUUCUUGUCCCUCAAAUCUCAGCUUUGUAUAGCUCCAAGACCCUUUCACUUGAGGGGGGAUGAUAAGCCAAGAAAAGAGGAGUUAGUUACUGAUCUCACGAGAUGA